CGCAGCGUAGACCCUCAGACCCCUUCCCCCUCUUUAGAGUUACGUAAUUCAUGGACGACCCCUAAUUCCAGCAAGAAUCGAUUUCAUAGGAAUCGAAAGAAAAGAAUCGAUUUCGGAAUCGAAUCAGUAGAAUCGGAACGUCCCGAUCCUUCGUUCAAAAAUAUUGUGUACAUUAACAUCAAUUAACAUACACGCGCGGAGAGUGAUGAACAGAGUUUUUUUGCUUGAAAAGUGGUGGUCGUAGUAAGUGCUGACGUAUAAAGUAUAUAAUUUCGAAAAUAGUGAAUUUGCUAUUUAAUUAUUAAUUAUGGCUUGUAGUACAAUGAUUCAAUGGAUAAUGCCUCGGAUUGUAGGUUAUGUUGUAAUAAACAGUUUUUCUUAGUGCAGACAUUUUUAUUGCCUCGUCAGCUAAUCCACCAAGAAUUGUAAUUCAAAAAUGAGUGAUCAUGACGAUAACCAUAGUAAUAGUGACGAGAGUUCCAUGAUUAAUGACGGAACAAACACUGAACAUAUAGCAAAUCCACUUGUCAAAGAUUUUAUUAGCUAUAGCGACAGUGUGGAUGAGAGAAUGUUAGGGAUGGUAAAUAGGCAGAAAGAAUCAAGUGAGAUUCGUUUUAAUAGUUGGGAGCGACGUGGUGAUUUUCACGAACUUAGCAGUGACAGUGAAGAAGAGCUCUCACCUAAUGAGGAUGUACUUAUGAAUGGAAGAAGAGGCCCUGCUAAAGCUCAGGAACUUGUCAAAAAAUUUAAUACAAUUGAAUUUCUUCGAGAUAAAGAGAAUUUCAAACAAUCCCAAGAUAAUGAAACGCCCAAAUUGAGUUUUUCUGCCCCAAAAGCUCAGCAGGAAGAUGAAGAAAGUGAGCAAAAAAACAAUGAAGAGGAAUUCUUUGGUUGUAAGAGACUUAGAAAAAAACAAAGAAACAUGUGGAAAGGAAAAGAGAGUACAUCUGAUGAUUCUGAUGGGCCCUUGUCUGACGAGGAGAGUGACAGAGAAAUUGACGAGCUUGUGGAGUUACUGUCAUCAACAUCUUUGAUCAAAAUCUAUGAUGAAAAUCUUGCUUUACCAAAGGAAGAGGAAGAAAUUUUAAAAACCUUUCUUCAGCCUAAAGAAAAAGAGAAUCCACCUGAAGGAAGCAAUAAAAUACAGAGAAAGAAAGCAGUUGAAUCUCUUAUUGAUAUAUUUGAAUAUGUGCCUGAAUCUGAAACUGAAGAUACUUCAAAUGAACGAUCUGUUGAUGAUGAUUUGGAUUGGAAAGCUGCUGAGUUAUGCUCCACUUUGGAUGGCUAUGACAUUAAUAAUCAAAGCUCGUUUCAUGACUGGAUGCUUGAUAAAAUGUUAUCAAAAUCUUUAAAUACCACUUCUGAGCCUGAAUUAACAGUGUGUUCAAAAUGUUUCUCUAUUCAUAAUGGUACACGUGAAUGCUUUUAAGUAUAAAAAUAUUCCCAAACUCGCCACUGUAAUGGUUAAAAUAAAAGAAUGAAAAAAAAAAAAAAAACCCACACUAUUAAAAUAGUGUUUGUACAUUUUUCUGUUAUGUAAAUAUGUUUCUAACUUGUUGCAAAAUUGUAUUUUACUUUUGUAAGUUACAACGUUUGGUAGAUUUGGAGUAUUAGUUGGUUUUUAAUGUAGUAUGAUAAAAAUAAUACUUAAAUAAGUUUUGUACACAAAAAUAAAGACAGUUUAUAAAUGUUUUCAAUUGAAAGAUUUUAUUUUUUUAUUUAAUUAGAGUUAAAUAUACAUUACUAGCUUAAGAUAGCCAAAUUCAGUAAGGCUGAAGGAUCAUAAUUGCCUCAGCUCAAAAGGUUUUGGGUUUGAAUUAAGCUUUGUGCAUGGAUGUUUGUGUGUGUUAUUAAUGUUGCCCCUCCUACAGUUCCCCCUACAGUUAAAAUAAUCACAGUGGUUGCUGUAUGACCAAGUAGUUAAAAUGCAACCAUUUAAAUCAAAAUUUAAAAACCUCAUUAUUCCAUGAGACAGCUGAGUGAGAGGUUUUUAUACCCUUCUUUCCUUUUAUUUAUUUAUUUUUUUUUUACAUGAUGCCUAAUAAUUGUAUAUUAUUGUUCAUGAAAAUGAACAUAUAUUGAUUGACAUGCUGUGUUUAUGACUUUUCAUGUUUUCUAAGAAAAUGCGAUGUGAUACCACUAUUUAUUUGAACUGAGCAGCAUAUGCCAUAAUGCAAAAGAGAAGUGCCUUCUGCUGUCUUGGUGUAAACUUGGUUACUGCUAGAAAGCAGAUGCUUAAGUGUAGACUUGGGCUGAAAUGAUUAUGAAAUUAUUACUUGACACAGUUUGUCAUGCUAAUUUACAUUAUUUUACAGCCAUUUUCUUUAGUUUAAGUUGAUAUUAAACAUUUUAAUUUGUGGUUAAGAGCAUUGGUAAUACAGAGCAACAAGGGUAUUUAUUCAAAUUUAAUUAUUUUUUUUACUGAAGAAACAUUCAUUUAACAUAUAACAUUUAUUUGUUUCAUAACAUUGAAACUGAAAUGAUCACAUGGUGUUCUCAAAUGUACCAUCCUUCAUUAGUCAAAGAGUAAAAAAAUUCAUGGGAAGGAAUUAUAGGUAGACUUCCCUGAACUAGCUGGAACAGGGAUUCCCAAUGAGCCUGCAUUUUAAUGUCUAGUGAAGAUGAGAAUUGGGCAAAUUUCUUACUACUAUAACUGCUGCUGUCUUUUUUUUUAUAAUAUUUAUUAAUGGUCAUCUGGUUGUCAUUACAAAUUGAAACCAAUAGUCAGUAUAUACAAUAUGUGUAUCAGUUAUUUUAUAUAAUACAUACAGAAAUGUUGCAUAAUUUAACAAUUACAUGUACAGUUGUACAAUCAUGAAAUAAUAAAAUGCACAAUAAGUACAAUAUACUUUCAAGUCUAUCUCAUUGUUUUCUCUUUGCCAACUGAUCUCAGAGUAUCAAUUUUCUGCAUCUGCCUUGUUUCCUCAGUUUAUUGUGUAUCAUUGCAUAACUCAAUUUUUUUUUUUUAUCCAGUGUGUAUAUUUUUAAAAACUUAAU